AUGCAGCAGGGGUACGAGCAAUAUGGCGGCCAGUAUGGCGGCCAAUAUGGCCAGCAGCAGCAGGGUGAUUUGUCCCAGCAGAUGGGCCAGAUGAGCUUGGAUGGGGCCGCGCCUCAGCAGACGAGGAAGAAGAAGAACCGACAUGCAUACCAUCAGCUUGAGCAGCCGGCGGCGACUGGGGGUGGGCAAUUCUUGAACGGGGGAGUUUCAGGCCAACCACAGCCUGGCACAAGUCCAGGACAAGCAGUGACCGGGGCAGCACCAUGGCAGCAGCAGGCAUCUCAGCCAUGGCAGAGCCAACCCGGUACGCCCGGGCUCGGUCAGCCGAUGCAGCCGAUGGGUACUCCAAUAUCAAUGAGUGCGGUGGGUGGCCCACAGCAGGGAGGGAUGGGAGGAGGCCAAGGCAAGGUGAACCCGGACCAGAUACCUAGUGUACCACUGAGUCGAGACCUACCGGCGGACUACUACAAGAGCAACAUGUACCCGACGAUGGAACAACGACUACCUCCGCCUGCCACGACUCCGUUCAUCGCCUACGAUCAAGGCAACGCUUCUCCGAAACAUGCACGAUUAACAAUGAACUGCAUACCCGCUUCGCACGAACAAUUAAACGCUACCUCUCUCCCACUUGGUCUGGUGAUGCAACCUCUGGCAAGGCCUGCGGAAGGAGAGCAAGCCAUACCGGUGCUCGAUUUCGGGGAGGCAGGUCCACCACGAUGCCGAAGAUGUCGAGCCUACAUCAACCCUUUUAUGAUCUUCUCAAACGGUGGCAACCGCAUGACCUGCAACCUUUGCGGACAUCCAAACGAGGUUCCGGCCGAAUACUUUGCACCUACAGAUCCAUCUGGUAUGCGGGUCGAUCGUGCACAGCGUCCUGAGCUCCUGCUGGGAACAUGUGAAUACCUCGUACCCAAAGAGUACUGGUCGAAGGAGCCAGUCGGCAUGCGGUACUUGUUCCUGAUUGAUGUGAGUGCAGAGGCGUGCAACAGGGGCUUUGUGCAAGGCAUGUGCGAUGGUAUCCUCGCUGCACUAUAUGGUAACGAGUCAAGUGAGGAGCAGGCAAACGGCGACGAGGAAGGCGAGGCCUCUACAAAACCAAGCAAAGUGCCUGCAGGAGCCAAAGUCGGAUUUGCGACGUUUGACCGCGAAGUACAUUUCUACAAUGUCGCGCCAUCGCAGUCAGGGCCACAGCAGCUGGUGAUGUCGGAUCUGGAAGAGCCCUUCACCACGAUUUCACCAGAGUACCUGUUCGUCGACGCAGCAGAAUCAAAGGCGAACAUCACCAAACUGCUUGGCUCAAUCCCGCAGAUGUUCUUCAACAUCAAGCACGCUGAGCCCGCAUUACUUCCGUCACUACAGGCUGCCCUCGCAGCGCUGGAAGUAAGCGGUGGCAAGAUCGUGUGCAGUCUCGGCAGUCUGCCCACGUACGGACCGGGCAAAUUGCAGAUGAGAGAUAAAAGUCAGAUGUCAAAUGACGACAAUGAGCUCAGCCGGACACUUCUCAAGACCGAGCAUCAAGGCUUCCGGAAGAUGCAGGCAGAUCUGGUCAAGGCCGGUGUAGGUGUUGAUUUCUUCCUCGCAGCGCCAUCCGGUGGCUAUCUCGACAUCUCCACCAUUGGCUUUGUCGCCGAGAAGACUGGCGGAGAGACAUUCUACUACCCGAACUGGACAUACCCGCGGGAUCUGCUGAGGCUCGAGAAGGAACUCAGUCAUACCGUACAGAGGGAGCAAGGUUAUGCGGCGUUGAUGAAAGUGCGAUGCUCAAAUGGCCUGCAGGUGUCGCAUUACUCUGGAAACUUCACGCAGCAUACGUUUGGUGCCGACUUGGAGUUGGCCAGUGUGACGGAAGACAGCGGGAUGUGCGUGACUUUUACAUACGACGGCAAGCUUGAUACCAAGUUCGACGCCUAUUUCCAGUCCGCACUGCUUUACACAACACAGUCCGGUCAACGCCGGGUUCGUUGCAGCAAUGUCGUCGCCCAGGUCAACGAGUCUGCACGAGAAAGCAUGAAGCUUGUCGACCAGGAUGCGGUCAUUGGCAUCCUCGCCAAAGAAAGCGCCAGCAAGAUUGCCGACAAACCACUCAAAGACAUCAGACAACAACUGCAGGACAAGAUGACCGACAUUCUGGCUGGCUACCGAAAACAUUUCUCCGGCUCUCAUCCGCCUGGCCAACUUGUGCUGCCUGAGAAUCUCAAGGAGUUCUCCAUGUACGUCCUUGGUCUGAUGAAGUCGAGAGCGUUGAAGGGCGGCAAGGAACCACCCGACAGGCGCGUGAACGAGAUCAGGAUGCUGAAGGGCAUGGGUCCUGCCGAGCUCAGCUUAUACCUCUACCCACGCAUGAUCGCAUUGCACGGCCUGGAGCCUGAAGAGGGUUUUGCAGACGAGAAUGGCCAUCUCAGAGUCCCGCAUGCCGUCCGCGCCUCGUUUUCACAAAUCGAAGAGGGAGGUGCUUACUUGGUGGACAAUGGGCAGAUACUGCUCCUUUGGCUGCAUGCACAAGUCUCGCCGAACCUACUGGAAGAUCUUUUUGGUGAAGGCUUCGACGAGCUCUCCAAGCUGGACCCGAACCUGAGCGCAUUGCCGGUGUUGGAGACACAUCUGAACGCUCAAGUGCGGAACAUACUGCUGAGCAUGGAGACGAAUCGAGGCAGCAAAGGUCUCUCCAUCCAGUUGGCGCGGCAAGGCCUGGACGGAGCUGAGUUCGAGUUUGCGCGACUACUGUACGAGGAUCGCAAUGGAGAGGCGAGCAGUUAUGUUGACUGGCUGGUGAUGCUGCAUCGCGGGGUGUCCAUGGAGCUCAACGGCCAGAGAAACAAGGGCGGAGAGGAUGGAUCCUCCAGCAUAGCCAACACGAUCAGCGGGCUCACGCACAAUGUACCUUACUUCAACUGA